AGUGUGUCCAAUCUGACUGGGCCUCCAUUACCAUCCCAGAGAGGCGAUGGAAGGACAUUUGCUUCUCAGCUUUGUCGCGGUUGUUUUAGCCAAAGUUCCAGGUGACCAAUAUGCCGGGGAUAAAGUUUUGCGUCUGAAACCAAACAACGAACAGCAGCUGCAGUUUAUAAGGGACGUGGCUCAGACUAUGAAGAUUGACUUCUGGCAGCCAUCUUCUCCCGAGCUGGUGACUACAAACAGGACUGUGGAUUUCAGAGUCCCUGCAGACUGGGCUUCCAGCAUCCAGUACCGGCUGCAGAAGAUUGGAUUGAAAUAUGAAGUGUUAAUUGACAACGUGAAGACCCUGGUGGAGAAACAGUUUGACCAAGUGGAUCGGAAUACAACCCGCUACAAUUAUGAAAAAUACCAUGAGUGGACUGAGAUUGAAUCCUGGAUGUCUAAAAUUACAGCUGAACACCCAACACUGGUUUCCUGGUUCAGAAUCGGAAGGACCUAUCAACAUCGCAGUAUCUAUAUCCUCCGGGUUGGCAAGAAAACGGGUGCGGUGAAGCCUGCCAUCUUCAUGGACUGCGGAAUCCAUGCCAGGGAGUGGAUUUCUCCAGCCUUUUGCCAGUGGUUUGUGAAGGAGGCUGUUGAAUCAUAUGGUAGUAAUUGUACCAUGACCAUCCUUCUCAAUAACCUGGAUUUCCUGAUUGUUCCUGUUGUCAAUGUGGAUGGUUAUAUAUACAGUUGGACCACGGAUCGACUCUGGAGAAAGACUCGUUCCAGGAACCCUGGCAGUUACUGUGUGGGCACUGAUGCCAACCGAAACUUUGAUGCCAAGUGGUGCUCCAUCGGUUCCUCGAGGAACCCCUGUGACGAAACUUACUGUGGGUCCCGCGCAGAGUCUGAGAAGGAAGUCAGGGCUGUGGCGAAUGCCAUCCGUAGCUACAAAGCCAUCAAGGCUUACAUCACCAUCCACUCAUACUCUCAGAUGUGUCUCUUUCCAUAUUCCUACACCUACUCAUUGCCUCCAAACCACAAGGAACUGAAUUUCAUCGCCAGGAAUGCAGUUAUGGCCUUAAAGGACCUUCAUGGCACUCAAUACACCUACGGCCCAGGUGCAAUCACAAUAUAUCCUUCAGCUGGGGGUUCGGAUGACUGGGCCUACGAUUUUGGCAUCAAGUACUCGUUUACCUUUGAACUCCGUGACACGGGCCGGUAUGGCUUCCUGUUGCCCGAGUCCCAGAUCAAACCAACAUGUGAAGAGACCAUGUUAGCGAUCAACUAUAUCGCCACUUACGUUAUCACCCAUCCACAUUAACCACACCCGGGGGAAAGAGAAGAAUCCAUUGAUUUCUCAGAAAAUAAUGCACGUGUAUGUUUCCACUGUUUAGAAUCUAGUACAUUUUUUAGAUGUGACAAUAUUAUACACUAGCACUACUAAAAAGUUAAUCGUCAUUAUUUUUUUCCAGCCACGUGACAUGUAUGUUUAUUAUGUGCAUACUGGCACCUUUUCUCAACAAUAAAACAUUGUUGCUAUGUA